AUGAAGUGGGUUCUCGCCAUGCUCCUGCUGGCAGGAGUGGCCGUUGCCAUGCGUAAGCAAGGAGUCGCCGUGAAGGGUGUCCUCAAGUGCGGUACCGCGUUUGCCAAUAAUACAAAAGUGAGAAUUGUGGAUAUCGAUACGGGACCGGAUCCGGAUGACACUUUGGAUGAGAAGAGGACUGGCGAGGAUGGAGCAUUCGCAUUGACUGGAAGCACUCAUGAGCUGACUUCAAUCGAUCCCGUUUUGUAUAUCUGGCACGAGUGUAGAGAUGAGCAAACGCCAUGCUCCCGCAAGAUCAAGUUCGUCAUCCCAAAGAAAUAUAUUCACGGUGGAACUCCAACUGACGAUCAAUGGGUCGACAUCGGAGUGCUCAAUUUGGAGGGAUCGUUUGACAAUGAGGGACGCGAGUGUGUCAAGGAUUGA